UGGUUCUAAAGGGGGAAGUUGCGAGAAAAAGAAAAGGAGGAGACGUGAUCAGGUCUGAUGAAAUAAUCUGUGUGACAAUAAUAAACUGCCGCAGUCCUGUUAUUUCCCCCCACUGUCUUGGGAAUCUUUGAAUACAGUUUUCGCAUUGUCGUCAGGGAGUGACCCCUUCGAGGAGGACAGCGUUUUCCGAGUCCAUAAGUGGGAGACUGCGGCUUUAGGUCAUGGCAAGUCGUGGGGGAGCUACCAGACCCAACGGACCAAACGCUGGCAACAAGAUCUGCCAGUUCAAGCUCGUGCUGUUGGGCGAGUCGGCAGUGGGGAAGUCGAGCCUCGUGUUACGCUUCGUCAAGGGCCAGUUCCAUGAGUUUCAGGAGAGCACGAUAGGAGCGGCAUUCCUGACCCAGACGGUGUGCCUGGAUGAUACGACAGUGAAGUUUGAGAUCUGGGACACAGCCGGACAGGAGCGCUACCACAGCCUGGCCCCUAUGUACUACCGAGGCGCGCAGGCUGCCAUCGUGGUUUACGACAUAACGAAUGAGGAGUCUUUUGCCAGAGCGAAAAACUGGGUGAAAGAGCUUCAGAGACAAGCGAGCCCUAAUAUCGUAAUAGCUCUGUCUGGCAACAAGGCUGACCUUGCGAACAAGAGGGCCGUGGACUUUCAGGAUGCACAGUCAUAUGCUGAUGACAACAGUUUGCUGUUCAUGGAAACAUCUGCAAAAACCUCGAUGAACGUGAACGAAAUAUUCAUGGCGAUCGCAAAGAGGUUGCCCAAGAGUGAACCGCAGGCGGCGGGUGCAAACAGUGGACGGACCCGGGGGGUGGACUUGACUGAGACGGCUCAGCCCAGCAAGGCGGCCUGCUGCAGUAACUAACCCCAUCCAUCUUUAAUUCCUAACUCUGAAUAACAGUCGGACCGCAGGGAGGGGGGUCUCUUCUUCAAACCCCCACCCCACAAUAGCUAAGGACUGUCUGGCUCCACUUCUAAUACAAAAAUGUAUUUUUUUUUUUCCUUUUUUUUUUUUUUUUUUUUUUUUUAAUGUACUUCUGAAUUAUGAACACGCAUGUAUCACUACAAGGCCUGAAAGUUUUAACUUUAUCCAACGAGGGCGGGGAAGAUUCAGCAGCAGACUGGAGGAGGGUUGGGGGUCUUGCGGUGAUGAAGGAGCAGGUCAAUGCCGAGAGUGGGAACGCGCCCUUUGCUCUGAGCCCUCUAGUUCCUAGUUAGUUAUCCAAGGGAAGAUGACAUGGGUGUACAUGUAGUAUUAGACUUGGAUUUGGAAAUGUAUUUUUUUUUUCUUUUCCCUUGAUGUAUUCAUUGCUUCCCAACAAUAUCUACAAGUAGCACUAGAAUCGAGUCUCGCGUGUCUUCUGGCCUCCUGGGCUGUGCCUGCUUCUAGCUUUCCUAGUGGAAUUGUGCAAUGGUGUACAGUAUUGAUGCAGUGACUUAUUGUCUGCAAAGACCCCUUUCAAAAGGCACAUCAUUCCUCCUACUGGCCAUGCAGACCCCCCCACUUCCCAUGCAGUGCAGUGUGUGCGGUCCCCAGAGCUGCUGCCUCACUCUUUCCCAGAUGAUCAUUCGCAGCAGGCUCAGAAGAGCCACGUUCUGCCCUGUUUUAUCAUUUUCUUCCUCCUCUUUUGCAGUUUUGCAUUUGUUUGCUUGCUUUUGACAUGGGGUCAUCUUGACAUGUGACACUCUCUCAGCCAAGCCUGCAUACAAAGGUCUCAGUCGGAUGAAGGAGUGUCUGGUUACAUUAAAUUAUACAUGGAUACAUUUAUAUCUAUAAAACAAAACAAACACAUGUAAAUGGACUUGAUGCUUUGUCCCUGCACACCCAGAUGCACAUGCACACAACGCACACAACAGACACACACUUAUGAUGUCAUACACACACUUACAUGAUGUCUUCAAACAGAAAGGUCUUUGUUACUUAUGCCUUGCACUAACGACGCUCAUGAAUAUUCCUUGUCAUAAUUACAGUCGCUGUGAUAUAUAAAUAAUAUACUGUAAAUAGGGUGUUGCAAUGUAGUCUACUUUUCAAUUUACAAUUUACAGGACUAAUGCUUGCUAGGGAGCUGUCUGGAUAAUCAUAUAAAACUGUACAGUUACCAGAAGCAGCUGUACUAUGGGUUUGGAGUUUUUUCACAAAAUGGUUAAAUAUAAUCAAUGGUGAUCUUUAUAAAUGUAUGUAGUGUUAUUAACAAAUGAAAUUGCAUUUCCUUAGUGGUCUGUCUUGUACUUCAGCCCCCCUCCCUCCCCCCCAAAAAAAAAAGAAAAUUAUGAUUUAUAUUUUUAACGUUAUUUUGCAUUGCACUAAUUCUUUUAGUAUAUGAAACAGCAUCUCACUCAUUUCACAAUAUUAGCCUGGAUUUGUAACUCUGCACUAGUUAGUAUAACUGGUAAAAUAAGACAAAAGCUAAAAUGUUAAAAAAAAAAACCUAGCAGUCUCUUUAACAAUUGUAUUGUAAUGAUGUUUAGAAAAAAAAAAAUAACCACAACAACCCAGUGGGUCCUUAUGUUCAGGUGCUAGUCAAUGAGUAAGUUAAUAAACAGGGUGUACCUCUAACGUACAUUCUAUGAACCUUUAAUGCAGCCCCUUAGUAAAGAAUUGACACAGUUGUCCGUUACUUGGGAAAAUCAUACCAAUAAAUGGCCAUUUAUUUGAUCAGUGUA